CCCAAACUUACUCGGUGCUCUUUCGAUAAACGAAAGCUUUUGCUAGUCUUGAUCGAAGGAGAGAAGCAAGCGUGAGAUCACAAGUUCGCACCUCUUUCCCUUGUCUCUCUCCGCAUGCUUUGCGCAGUGACUCUAUGAGUUGCCUGGCUAUGCAGUGCUCAAUACGCUGUCGACUGUAGGUCCUAGAACUAGUAGAUACGAUAUGGACGAACUCCAUACGUGGCGGUCAUAGUGCGCGUAAGGCACCGUUAAAUAAUGCAUAGUAAACAGCGACGUCUGCAAAAUCAAUGGGAACAGUAAAUUCGGUCUUCUUAUUUUGUUCGUUCUCGCUGGCAUCGAGUGUCGUCUUGCCUAACAAUUUGCCCACUGAAGUAGAUGAAAUGCAGGUACGGAUCAAAGAAUUCUCCGAUCGUCCGGAUUUAAGUUCGAGGACCGGCUACCUCUAGUGGAUGACAAUGAGGAAAUUGAAAACGGCUAUUCUAAAUUCCACCGUUGUCUGUCUCGUCAGAUUGGAUGGACCCUUUCUGCGUUUGGAGCUUUGCGCACGUUCUAAUCCACGGAAAAAUCUGACAAUCUCCCUGAUUUGCAAUAGCAGCAUCUGCUACAAUGUAUAAAUGCAACAGCAACACUAACAGCGAGCCGGGCAGGUGGUCCGUAGAGCCAUUGGAUUGUCGAAGAAUAGGCCUAGUUUCUUCUACCUAAAACGGUGUUUGUAACGCGACACGGCCUGAACCACUGAUAAAGAAAGUGGAUGCGUCAACGCGCGCAAACAAAGAAGAAAACACUCUCUAGCGGGUCAUGGCGAACAGCGACAGAGGCAUAAGCGUCUAUGUACACUACACUUUGGCGUCGACGCGGAAGGCACUUGUGGCCGACGGCACUACUGGGAUAGAAGUUGCAGGUAUAGAAGACGGUAGGCAAAUGAUUAUACAUCGAUGAUAAAUGAAAUUACGGACGGUCAUACUUGCAUGGUGCUGAGGCCACGAAACAUAAUCAGCAGCUGUUACAGUAUUUCGAAACUAAAGAGCAAGCUCGCCAGCACUGGUGAACAUGGAGCGUAUUGGAGACCUUACACUGGAUGACAUCAGAAAGAACGUAGUAAAGGAGGGCCCGCGCCCCUUGAGGAGCACUACACUAGAUCCGGAUCAAACGCAUUAUGCGUGAUCUUUGCAGCCGAAGCGUACGUUAUCAAAGCCGCGCACGAUGCGAAGACCGAAUCACUGUUACAGUUGGCUAACUUAUCUGACCAGUUCAACUACGAUUACGCUGUCCCGCACCGCAUUUCUCCUACUAGGACAGCGUUACUUCAAAUGAAGAAUCUGUUGACGCAGCUGUUUUUGUCGCGCCUGUUGCUAUGAUGGAUGUUAAAGGGAGAAGGCGAGGGCAUUGGUACGCUCGCCUGCUCUUUCCCAUCCGUCCAGGAGAACCCACAGGACAACCUACCAGGACAACAUACAGGAAUCGUCCCGCGGAGAGCAACUCGCCGACGGCUGUGCUGUGCUGUACACUAUAUACCGAACGCCAAUGAAUAGUGCUUCGGCAACUACUAAUAAAAGAUCGGCGCCACAAUUCUACAACUCUGAAUAAUCUGGCGUCGCGGUGCAGCUCUAGGUAAGGCAAAGCAUGAGUGCGUCUAGUCUGUAUGAAGGUUUGCCUGUCUAUGUGUAUUCAUAUUUGUGAGACUGACUGCCGGUCGUGGGCACCGCAGUCGUCGUCGAACCUUGUCAGUGCCAGGAUAUCUCACUGUUAUCGCUAUCACUGCUGCUACUAAUCUAUAGCAAAAACACACAGAAGUUUUGUUGUAGUAUUACGGAUACCCUUGAUCUACAUAUUUUGUGCGCUAUAAAGGAAGAUAUCAAUCAACGGAGUCAGUUGGACUGGUGACCAACGGAGGAUUGUGGACUAAUUACUUCAACAAAGAGAUCGUAGAUACUCUAUGCGGGUACAGGUGUAGCCUCGAUACAGCGUUUAGCGUUCCUGUCGAUGAGUUGCUAUUGCAGAACCACAGUGUUGUCGCCUAGCGCUAUCGAUUAAUUACUCUUGUAGAUCGAGAAUCAAUUGAAGGUUGAAACACGCUACAAUGAGCCGCUGCGAUUAUGGGCCCCUUCGUAGAUGAUGCGGCCGCAAGCGUGCUCGCCAGAGAGCCAUUGCGAGACGACAGCUGAGGGCGUGCUGACGCCCUCCCCGAGCAGCGGGGCUUUGUCAGCGCGGGUCCCAGUCGGCUGCACCCCGUCAUGGAGUACCACUGGGCCGACUGGAGCGACGCGGGGCUGUGGACCUGGGCACCGGAUGAUGAAGAUGACGAGCUUGUGUAUUUUCGCUGCAGCUCGUCGGGACGCUGCGCCGACCUGUUACCGGCGCCGCCGCACUUUGUGCCGCCUCCUCCAGCGCCGCCAGGAGUAUGCGCCGCGGGCUUGGCUUCCGACGAUCUACAGUUCUGUCCGGCUGGACAGCUUAUGGGUGAUCGAGCCCUAAGUUCCCUGUUAGGGCCGUCUGCUUUGCCCCUCAUCACGGUGUUUUGUGCUAUCCUUGUCACGGUAACGCUGGUUGCAGCUUUCCUCUUCUGCAAGCAUAAAAAGAAGGUGGAACACUUUUUGCCGUGCAAGACGAAUCAGGUGCCUGGAGCACCGGGCCAGUCCCAGGUUCCGGGCGCUCCUGGAAUCAAUCCGCUCUUGUUAAAUUCGAAUCACACGGCAACGCUACAUCCGUUCCUGCAGGCAGACGGUCUUAAUCCGAUUGAGUUGUCCGAUGUCAAAUGUGGGGCAUACGGCGGUCAGGGCCAAGGUCAGGGAUUCACGACGCUCCCAUCAGCAUUCCGAGGUAUCGUCACACCCUCGGUGAUCUCACUGAAUGAUCCGCAACGUUCACAGCGACGGAAACAGCUGGGCGCAGGUGGUGGACCCGGGUCCAACAAAGAGCAGUACAACCCCAUCUACGAACAGGUCCUUGAUCAGGACCGACAAGAAGAUGAACACAGCGAACUGGAGUCUGGCCGGAAGCAGAGCUGUUCAUCGGACUCGAUCGAGCUCAAUAGCAACCUGCAGUACGGGCAGGCGCUCGAGCCAAAACAGAGCUACUACCAGUCGAAGACGCCUCUCGCAUUUCCUAACGGCCAGCACAAUACGAACACAAACACACGGCCAGUGAUUGGAAGUGCACAACCGAGUAUCCAAGCAAAUACGCUUACGCGACGGACCUUAUUGCAUCCGUACCAGUCUGGCGCACCCGGAGUGACGGAGAAUAUCUACGCAGUGAUCGAUGACGAAGUUCAUCAACAACAACAACAACAGCAGCAGCAGCAGCAGCAGCAGCAACAGCAGCAGCAGCAGUCUCCAGCCCUACAACACCAUCAGCAACAGCAGCAGCGGUUACCCUAUACGAUGGAUCGGAUGAACGGGGUGCACGGCGUUCGUCGAAUGCCAAUAGUCAGCGUGCAACAGCCUCAGAGGCAGUACGCCACCGGAGGCCGGUUACCCAUCGGAGUGAACGGAAAUCCUCGCCAGAUGUUGCCGUCUCAGCGGCACCAUGCCAUGCAAGGCCAAUAUCCCUCAGUAUAUAGUGAUCCACAGGAUAUGUCGCCAUAUUCAAAUACGUGAUGAUACAAUAGCAAAACAACAGCAACAGUAACAUCCCGUUGCCUCUUACACUCUAUGUGUCGGAUGCUUUCUGAUAAAGGGGGGGAGAAAGAUUCAAUUAAGAACCUGAACUCCUGAAAAAUAUACAAAAAUAAAUUGAUAAGAGUGAAGGUGAUUUCGAGAAGAUGUUAGAUUCGAUGACAGCAAUUAUAUAAGAAAAAAAUAUUGACAAAUAAUUUAUAAUAUACGUGUGUGCAUUCGGAUACAUUAGAUAGGAGAGACGGCCAUAACUACUGUCAACACCAAUACCCAACCCCUUACCCAUAACACCUUUCCCCAUUGAAGACCCAGCGAAAAAGUCCUGACAAGAACACUAUAAAUAAACAAAAAGAGGAAGUACAAUUUAGGGAGAGGGGUAGAUGUGGCGUUGGCAGGAAAGGUCUACAACGGAUAGCCUGAACAACGACGGUACUACACGGCCGUGGACAACAAUUUCCUUUUGUCCAAAACUGACUCGAUGGCAGCCAAGCCCAUUCGACAACAAUGUACAAGAUCCAUUGCUAACGGUUUUGUUGCCAUGGGCAGUCCGUCUCGGAAAGCCGUCGCUUUUCGUCAGGCGCAGCAACAACAACAACAACAACAAGCCAACGCUCUGCAUGAAACAAUUGAACGACGACGACGACGACGAUGACGACGAACAAAAAAAUCAAAUGUUUAUGGUCGUGGUCAUCGUCACAAACGCUGUAGGCAAAUGGCAAACCCGGAACGCGCCCUAGCCCGGACGCUGCUGACUGUGAUCUCUGAGUGUUUGUAUCGAUGAUUAUCUUAAAAAAAUGGCGGACGAAACAGAAACUAUGAUUAUGACGACAUAGGACAUUUGGAAGACUUUCCGAUUUCGUGCUGUCCAAUGGGAUGACGGCUCCAGGGCAAGAAUGCGCUAAACGUCGUCAAUAAGCGUCGCUGUAAACCUACAAUCUGGAAUACUGAAUGAGAAAAAACAAGGGUUAAGUAUAGAAGAUGCCGAGUUGGGGACCUUGUAGGAGAACAAAAGGCCGCCAUUUAGAUGGUGGCGGCGAACCCGACGAUUCCAAGCAAUAAGUGAUGUACAUAGAAAUAAGCAAAGUAGAGUACCCCUUCCUUGAAAGGGAACACGCCAUUUCUGGCCGCACAUACAGUUCUAGCGGCUUUACAAUAAUUUGUCGAGUUUCCGAAAUCUCUGAUAGCGAAAAUGAAACAAAAAACUAUCCUAACACUCACAGGUCCCUAAGAAAAAAGGGGACUUGCCGCCUACUUGGAACUGUAAGUGCAGUCGGAGUGGCUUUUGUUUGGCCGACAGAAUAGGCCGCCAACUUCUAAGUCAAGUGCCUCGGUGGCGGUGCACGCACAUACAGUUACUACGUACAUGACAGGACAGAGACACAUUGGCAGACAGCUAAGCAGGUGAGUCAACACGAGAAUGAAGGUAAACGAACAGAGACAAACAUCAGGCCAAAAUUAAAUGGACUCUGUCAAGACAAAGAAAGUGGUACAAGAGGAAAGACGGUAGAUAACAUCUAGGAAUGGAAGGUCGACAGCCAGACACAAGCAAAAUCUAGAGAAAAAAAGACGAAAAUGAAAGACCUUGCAUCCGUAUCAAUAAUCAUCUGAUGCAAUAAGCUACGUAAUAACCACAACCACAUAUCGAUAUACUACAACAACAACAACAUUAUAAUAGUGAUGAUAAUUAAAAUGAAAUAAUAUGAUCGAUAAUAGUAAGUAACUGAUAAUGAAGAGAUUCAAUCUGUGAAUGCUUAGAUGAUGAGUAGGUCUGUUUAUAAAAUCGAGAAAAAUUGGAAGGGAUACGACACAUACGCUGGAAAAAUAGGCUGAUGUGACCUGGUGUCAUGUGAAAAUUUGAUGCAGGUGCGGAAGGCUGAUAUCCACAGAAUUAAAUCGGAUAGAAAAGUAAGUGAACAGCUAUGCUGCUGCACGUAGAAGGAAUACAGAAAAUAUUGAACAAAAUCACGUGUUAGACCUUUUUCAAUUAAAUUAAAUGAAUUCUAUAAUAUUUCGAGCUAUUUCGGUCGAGGGGGGCACAGCUGGGAAAACUUGUCGCGUGCCGGCCUGCCGAGGUCGCCGUUGUAACCAAAUGUAUAAAUUGUAUAUAUAUAUAAUAAAAACGAACGAAAAUUCGAGAGAUGAACGAUGUCAUAGCGACGAAAAGACAAGAUGGGCCGUAGACGCGCUGCAGGGAUAUGCACUCGAGCUAGCCGGGAAAAGAUCGAAGACAAAAGCGUUAUAUAUUGGUGAUGACGACGACACACAGAGUACCCAACAGUAGAAAGGAGU